AUGGUUCGCACCGAGCCGGUCCGCGAGAACCUGGCGAAUCUCAAGCUCUCCUUUGGCGCGUCGCCUGGCCCGGUGGCAGUCCGUGUCCCGGUUGACGCGAGGACGUGACCUGGACGUCGUCGACCCGGACUCGACCGGUGGGAGUCGACCGGUCUCCGCGCGCAGGUCGUACGGCCCACCCAGACGAAGAACGACUUCCUGCUCGCCUAUCGCGGUGUUGCUAUCGGCGACGACGUCGCCAUCGACAAGGGCAAGAAGACGGGCCGGGUCGCGCAGAUGCUGCGCAAGACGCGGCCGUCGCCCCCCUCCCCGCCGCGGUCGAAAAAACGCCAGGAGCCGUCCUGGGCCAGGAUGGCGCCGCCGGCGUGA